AUGCGACCGGGUGCGAGGACAUGCAAUCCGACAUCUCGGGGCACCGUUAUCGGCAUUCAAGCUUAUGCUCCCAGCUCCAAUUGUCACCCCAACGUCAAUCGUUCCAGCGAUGAUUUGGUUGGCAGUGUUCUGUGUGGGCAGCAAGCCGGACGAGCAGAAGCGGUUGACGACGAAGGCUGGGGUAGUUACAGGGUAUCCUGCGGCGCGAAUGCCGGAGCGGGCGACAUAUACCGAGCCUGGGCAGCGGACAUGGUCGACACAGACAUAUUCGACGAGAUUUGGCCCGCGCUGUAA